UCAUUUAAAAAACGCUAGAUUUCUCUACAUAAAAUGGCCAACUUCCCCUUUUUCUCAACCCAUUUCUGUCUCCUGUUAAUCACUCUCUUCUUCAAAGCAUCAAAUGCUGGUAAUUAUAAUGUCCUAAGUUUUGGUGCAAAAGGCAAUGAAAGAACAGAUUCAACUGUUCCUUUCCUCAAGGCCUGGGCUUCUGCUUGUAAUUCACCUACGCCUUCUACAAUUUAUGUUCCUAAAGGAAGGUUCUUAAUUAAAGGCAUUGUUUUCAAAGGCCCUUGUAAGAACCAAAUCACGUUUCGAAUCGAUGGCACGGUUGUUGCACCCUCGGAUUAUCGUGCUCUUGGCAAUUCAGAUUCUUGGAUUUUGUUCUCUAAAGUUAACAAAGUUUCUGUGGUUGGUGGAACUCUUGACGGCAAAGGUGCUAGUUAUUGGGCCUGCAAGACGUCUGGAAAGAAUUGUCCUGUUGGAGCACCGUCAAUGACAUUCAAUUGGGCAAACAACAUUGUGAUAAGUGGAUUAACAUCGAUUAAUAGCCGACAAACCCACCUUGUAAUCAAUGGUUGCAACAACGUUGUUGUUCAAAAUGUGAAGGCAAUAGCGCCGGAUCAAAGCCCAAACACUGAUGGAAUUCAUGUUCAAACUUCUAAGGGUGUUACAAUUAUUGGAUGUACACUACAAACAGGAGAUGAUUGCGUAUCAAUUGGUCCAGGAACUUAUAAUUUAUUCAUGACUAAUCUCAAAUGUGGACCAGGCCAUGGCGUAAGCAUUGGAAGCUUAGGGAAGGAGUUAAAGGAAGCUGGAGUACAGAACAUAACCUUAAAGAAUGCAAUAUUUAGCGGAUCAGACAAUGGGAUAAGAAUAAAAACAUGGGCAAGACCAAGCAAAGGCUUCGUUAGGAACAUUGUAUUCGACAACCUUAUCAUGAACAACGUCGAAAAUCCAAUUGUAAUAGAUCAACAUUAUUGCCCCGAUAACAAAGGUUGUCCCCGUCAGAAUUCCGGCGUACAGAUCAGCAAGGUCACGUAUAGAAAUAUUAGAGGAACAUCCGCAACUCUAGAAGCUGUUAGUUUUGAUUGUAGCAUUACUAAUCCAUGCACAGACAUUAAAUUACAAGACAUCAAGCUUCUUUAUAAGAACAAGGCAGCCACCUCAUACUGCAAGAAUGUUCGUGGAUCCAGUACUGGAAUAUUGAUGCCUCGUAGCUGCAUGCUAUAGCAAAGUUGGAUCAGCUAGAUAUCAUUAAUUUAUAAUGGCUUUAAUUAAUAUUCUACUGAUGUUGCAUGUUUUAUUUUCUUUCUUUUUCUUUUCUUCUCUUAAUUUAUAGUGCUUUAUGUAGUGGCUAAUGAUUGCUGAAUAUUUAGGCAAUCAUAAUUGUGAAAGUCAUUACAAGCGAAGAGAAGAUUGUAUAGUUUGGAUUUGCUUCUGUUAGUUACUUGGUUUAGAGGAAAAUUGGGUGAUUAAUGUAGCUGAUAUUGUGAUAUUUUUUUUUUAUUAAAUGACAGAUUAUUGUACCCAUUAUUAA